UCAAGACAUACGAGUCAGGAAGAAGCGAACGUUAUGAAUUCAUUUUCUCUACUCAGUCUACUCAUCCUUUUGGGUCAAACACCGAACUACGUAGCAGGGUCUUCAGCAACGCCGACUUGCGUCGGACACAAGGGUGAUCAGGGAAUUCCUGGAGUUGCAGGGCCUCCUGGAUUGCGAGGUGCAGUAGGUCCUCAAGGGCCACCAGGGAUUCCUGGCAGCAAAGGAUCACAGGGAAACACUGGUGCUGAAGGUCCUGAAGGAAAGCCUGGCAAGCAGGGUUUGCAAGGAGUAAUAGGUCGAACCGGAGCUACAGGUCCCCAAGGCCCUCCAGGCAAAACUGGACCUGAUGUGAGCAAAUGAGUAUUUGUCCGUAUGUAGGUGUCAGCAGUUUCAAUUGCUUAAUUUAGGGUACUGUCGGACCACGGGGUCCUAGAGGACUUCCUGGAAUUGCUGGAGAGAUGGGCUCUCGUGGCUAUGUAGGACCAAGAGGAUUACCAGGAACAGAUGGAGUUCCUGGUAAUGCUGGUCCCGUUGGUUCUCCAGGUUCUCACGGUCCUAAAGGAGUUAAGGUAGUACUGUUCAAUUUUUUCGCUUAUUCUGUGUUUUCAACAUUAUUGAUUAGGGUAAUAUGG